AUGGUUGCGAUGCUGCAGAGGGAGACACCUGGGUGCAGGCCCAGGGCCAGGCAGCUGUCCCCCUGCCCGCCCCCGGACGGGCGCUCGCCGCAGACUCUGGACGCGCACCCUCACUUGAGCCCCGAAGCGCUGGGGUACUUCCGCCGGGCGCUGUCGGCGCUGAAAGAGGCCCCGGAGGCUGGAGAAGAACGAGAGCUGAUGGUGCACAAUGUUUUGAAGGAAGUGGAGGCCCAGGCCCUCGCCUUGGCCACAAACAGGACUGGCAGUGAGAUGCUGCAGGAACUGUUGGGGUACAGCACCCUGAAACCUCUGUGUGGAGUAUUGGCUGCUCUGCGCCCCAGCUUGCGCUCUGUGGCCUGUCACCGGUGCGGGGUCCAUGUAUUGCAGAGCGCUUUGCAGCAGCUGCCCCGAUUAUUGGGGAGCUGUGCGGAGGAGGAGGCAGAGGAGGAGGAGGAGGUGCCUCCUUUGGAGACCCUGGAGGAGCUGGUGCUGGGACUAGCCUCUGAGGUGUGUGAUGAUUUCCUUUUCUACUGUGGAGACACACAUGGCAGCUUCGUGGUCAGAACUCUGCUGCAGGUGUUAGGAGGGACUCUUCUGGAGUCCGAGAGAACCAGACACCGGGGCUCCCGGUCACCUGAAGCACAAAGAACUCCAGCUCGGGAAUGUAAACCAAAUGAUUUCGAGGUUCCUGAAUCCUUCUUGAAUUGUCUUCAGGACCUGAGCUCCUGCUUUCUGAAGGACAUUGCUGUGUUUAUCACUGACAAGAUCUCCAGUUUCUGCUUUCAAGUGGCCUUACAGAUCUUACAUCGCAAAGUGCCCCAGUUGUGUGCCCACCUCUGUAAUGCUGUGAUUGACUAUCUGAGUAACCGCAAUUCCUCAGCAGAUGGCAGCCCCCUGCUACUAUUUCUGCGGGAUCAGACGAGCUCCAGACUUCUGGAGCAGGUGCUGCUGGUGUUGGAGCCCCCGAGGCUCCAGAGCCUUUUUGAGGAUCACUUCCAAGGGCAGCUGCAGACCAUGGCUGCACAUCCUAUUGCCAACUUUCCUUUGCAGCGUUUACUAGAUGCUGUCACUACCCCUGAGCUCCUGUCCCCCAUAUUUGAGGAGCUGAGCCCUGCCCUGGAAGCUGUGCUGGCACAGGGUCACCCAGGGGUAGUCAUUGCCCUGGUGGGAGCCUGCCGCAGAGUUGGAACCCACCAAGCCCAGGUUCUGCAGCUGUUGUUAGAGGCAUUCCACUGUGCAGAGCCCUCUUCCCGGCAAGUGGCCUGUGUACCUCUCUUUGCCACUUUGAUGGCUUAUGAGGUGUACUAUGGACUGGUGGAGGAGGAGGGGGCAGUGCCUGCGGACCACCAGGUUGAAAUGGGCACAGCCAGGGCCCUGGGAGAAGUGACAGUCCUCGGAUCUCUGCUGCUCCAGCAUCUGCUGCACUUCUCCACUCCUGGCCUUAUACUUCGAAGUCUGGGUGCCUUGACGGGACCACAAGUUCUGACUCUGGCCCAAAGUCCUGCUGGUUCCCAUGUGCUUGAUGCCGUCCUGACCAGCCCUUCUGUGACACGCAAGCAGCGCCGCCGUGUGCUUAAGACCCUAAAGGGACAGUAUGUGGCUCUGGCUUGCAGUCGCCAUGGCAGCCGUGUGUUAGAUGCCAUCUGGAAUGGAGCAGCCUUGGGGGCCCGGAAGGAAAUUGCUGCUGAGCUGGGAGAGCGGAACCAAGAGCUGAUAAAAGACCCUUUUGGCCACCAUGUGGCUCGAAAUGUGGCCCUGACUACCUUCCUGAAGCGUCGAGAAGCUUGGGAACAGCAACAGGGGGCAGUGGCCAAGCGGAGGCGGGUUUUGAACUCAAUUCUUGAAGACUGAGACCUUGAGAUCUGGGACUGGGUGUUGAUGGGGGAGGAGGAAAGGGCCUAUUUAUCCUGUCCCCUACUAAUUUAAAUCAAAGUCAUUGAAGUCAAAAGUCUUAUUGGUAAACAUUUUUAUAUUUGUA